AUGGCGCACAAAUUCGUGGUUACGGCCUUCCUAACAGGCUCCCGAAUCCUUGGUCGAUCAUUUGUCGCAGCUUAUAAGCAGGCCCAGGCUGCUUCAGCGUACCAGCGAGCGCAGGCCAAGGCUGGCAACCCAUCCGCUGGUGCCUCUCUCUCCUCUGGUAUGACUCUCGAUGAGGCAUGCAAGAUCCUCAACGUCAAGCCCCCGGCUGGUGGACAAGCCAACGUCGAGGAAGUUCUCUCACGUUAUAAGCGACUGUUUGACGCCAACGAUCCUCAAAAGGGUGGCAGUUUCUAUCUUCAGAGCAAGAUCGUAAGAGCAAAGGAGCGAUUCGAGCGAGAGAUUGGUCCUAUACGGGAGAAGAUGGAGCAAGAGGCUGAAAUUAAAGAGGGUUUCAAGCCCAAGGUCUACAAGGACUGA